GAGCGGUGUAGAGAUGGUCCUUUUGACUUUGUAGGAGGAGCCAUUUUCCAAAUGGAUAUACAGCCAUACAGCUUCAUACUGCUAAAGAAAGAUAAAGGAGAAGUAGAGAGGCAAGAGGCAAGCAACAUAUUUGAAGAGUAGAAAUGGGAUUCAGAUAUGGAAUUAGCAUUUCACUGGUUGUGUUUCUUCUCUUCACCAAUGUUUGCUUCAUAACACUAGCUGAAUCACAUUGCAAAGCAUGGCUCGUCCAAUCAAUCCCCACCGACAUGCCCCACCUCCGUCGCGUCCCAGGGGUUCUCUCCACCGGUGAUGUGCUCCGUUGGUUGGCUGGUAAUUCCACCAAGAAAUUGGAUAUUAUAGCUCAGUACUGGCAGUUAAUUGCACAUCCUGAUGAUCCUCUUUCUGGGGAUUAUGGAUAUUCGAGAGAUGAUAUGAAAAAGUUCGGAGCUUUUGAAGGUUCUGCCGUUUACAGAGCCAUAGAGGAUGCCGCCGAUCGUAAUGUUAGCAUCAGAUUACUACAGCACUCGGGUGUAUAUCCUGACUACACCAAAGAACCUACUCAACUUGCUUCGGGAAGGCCAAAUGUAAAGAAUGUGACCUUGUUACUUGGGGAAUGGUGGGGAUCAGGUAUAGUUCAUGCCAAGGUUUGGAUAUCUGAUAAUCGAGAUGUGUAUAUUGGAUCUGCAAAUAAUGAUUGGAAAUCUCUCACUCAGGUUAAGGAGGUUGGAAUUUAUCUGGUUGGAUGCCGAAAAAUAGUGAAAAGGGUUGAUACUUAUUUUAAUAACCUAUGGAAACUUGCCCAUCUUAAUUCAUCAGCUUACACUAGAACAGUAUGGGAUCAACAGUGGCAGAUUGAAAGAACAGUUCCAUGCUGGUCACAUUUCAUUGACUCUAAAGCAAGGUGCAGGUCUCCUCUUCCUCAUUUUGUGGAGGUUCCCCAUAUUGCAGGCUAUCCUAUAUUAUCAGACCCGCAUAUGUUUAAAAUUCCAAUUGAAACUCCUGAUCACAAUUUUUCAACUUUGCAGCCUCAACUGAGCUAUCUAUCUUUUGCUCCUCCUGAGCUAUUGUUUGGCAAGUACCAGGCUGAUGAACAGGCAUGGAUUGAUACAAUAAAAUCUGUUGGAAGUGGAGCAGUAGUAAGGAUUAAUAAUAUGGAUUGGCUUGGCCAAUCCCAAUAUACAAAGCAAAAGGUUUACUGGUCAUCUCUUUCCUCAGCAAUAUCAGAGGUUGUCUUCUCCAAGCAUGCGACAGUUAAGAUACUGGUAGCAUACUGGGCACAUUUCAUCGACAACACAGAUCAGUAUCUGAAGUCUCUCCUCUAUUCCAAUGUCCUGUGUUCUUCUUCCAAGUAUAAUAAAUGUUCUGGUAAAGUAGAGAUCAAAUACUAUGUGGUUCCAGGUUACAACCUGACUGGACCUGCAAAGAGCAACAAGACUAGUACAGGAAACAUAUACCCAGCAUUUACCAGGGUCAAUCAUGGAAAAUAUGCAGUUACUGAUGCGAGAGCUCACAUUGGAACAAGCAACCUUGUGUGGGAUUAUUUCUAUGCAACAGCUGGUGUCAGCUUUGGUACAUAUAAUCCUGCCAUUGUUUUACAACUUCAAGAGAUCUUCGAUGCUGACUGGAAUUCACCAUAUGCUGUUCCAGUGGAAGGGCUGGAGACAGGCCAUUCUUUUUCAAGCUGAUUAGAUUGGCUUGAAUAAGCACAUAAUUUGUUGAGAAGUGUUACAAAUUCCAGUGUACACAAAAGAGCAGAUGACAUUAGUCUCUAAUUGAUCAUCUUAAGUAUAAAGGCGAGCUGCUUUUCCUCUCGCUUUUUCACCUGUGUCUAAUUCUUUUCCUCUUACUUGGUUGUUGGGAUUUAAUGUUUCAUCUGGACCUUCUCAAGUUCUCAAUACCAAAAAAUAGUUGUUGGUUUUCCCUGAAGAAAUAAAGAGAAAUGGUUUUGUGUA